UGGAGCCGGCGGGAGUCUUCUGUUCUGUUUAUAGUCGUGUAUCUCCUUUAACCGUCGUGUUUGUGUUUUCUUUUGGUUUUAGUCUUUUUCUUUUCUACACUUCUUAUCGCUGUUUAACUCUGUGUGAAGCGCCUGAGCUACAGAAUGCAGGUUUAAGUAGUUUCAGUGCGCCGCAUGGAGGCUGUUCUGCAGAACCUGGAGAGCUCCGUGGAGCUGCUUGCCGUUUCUCAGACCGACAUGGUCACUGAGUGGGACGGCGAGACAGUGGACAGGGCAUUUCAGUGGGCACAAUACUGUGAACAUCUUCACACUCGCUUCCUCACAAACCCCUCAGUCCGUGCCGCUUUAGAGAGCCGCCUGCGCGAGACUAACCAGCUGCUCGCGCACACGUUUGCCGGUCAUCGGUGUGUGACUCUGUCAGACCUCGCGCAGUGUCGCCACAGGCUGCUUACUGGUCUGUUGAAAAACCCCGCGACUCCUCACCCUGUUAUUAAAUCACUUUUGGACAAGUUUGGACUGGCUGAAGAUGCUGAAAGUGACCAGCGAGUUGACCUGAGUGAUCUCAGCGCGUGCAGGUCAGCAUGUAAACUUCUGGGAGACUUUACAGUGAACCGGAAGAGUGAUUCUGGCCUCUCUGCUGGAACACACGUUCACGGCAUGAUGCUCCUACAGCGCGUUCAGGCCAUACUGAGCCAACCAGGGAACCUGGACUAUGCUACAAAAUUACUGAACUGUUUGCUGGAGGACAGUAGAGAAGGACCGGACAGCUUGGGGGCACUUAUUGCAGCUGCCCUCCUGUCAACAGACACCACGAGUGAAAACACUGCAGCUCAAGACUUUCUGCUUGACUGGUUAGAAGGACAUGAUGGCUUGCUGCACAGCGUGUGUCAGUCUUUACCUCCUGAACUGUGCACUAGACUUUCUCAACAAUGGACAAAAUUUAGGCUUGCUUAUUGGGACAGUUUAAAAAGGUCAGCCUCCUUCUUGGAGUAUGACGUGAGCAACGGGUUAUGGACACAGCCUUGUGACAGUACAGUGUCGUUUCUGACACUCACCGAACGUGUUAAAUUCUUAUGGAGCUCAGGUUCACCGUUAAAAGAUGAGACAGAGGAAUGGCUGGUUGCUCUUAAACAGGCUGAUGGAGACUUUGAGGUCAAGGGACUGAGUGUGUGGACAGACCUGCUAGUGCAGCUCAAGUGAAAGCUGUGUUUCUCGCUUGCUCCAGACAAAAAUGAAGUCAGUGGUGUGACCAGACAGCAGACAGGGGGAGACAGUGCUCUUCAGCAGAUCUACACUUUCUCUCUGACUAAACAGCCGCAGGAUUACUGAAUGAUCUGUCAGAACAGCACAUGCCGUAAUCUCGACUGUGUAUUAAAUGUAAUAAAAGAUCAGUUUUAUUUACGUAAUUAUUUCUUACCAACAGCUAUGCUGAAUGAAAUUGUGAAUUAUUAUCCAGGUUGUUUUAUAACCUGAAAUAUAGCAAAUCAAAUUUAAAACACA